AUGGACCCAUACGUUCGCAGCCCGUCCAGCAUGGACACUGCUUCCGUCCUCACGCACCAGACCUCGAGGACAUCCAUCCGAGGGCCACAAUUCACGCUGGACAAGUUCUCGAGGAAAGACUUCAUAGUCAAGGACUUCAUCGAGGACCUGUCCGAUGCCGCAGUGCCUGCCUCCCGCAAGUCCGGGACCAUCGCCAGCCAGCAGACCUUCGACCCGAAACCGCUCAUUCGCACUUUCGAGCAUGCCCUGACUCGGCUCAACAACCUGUCGGAAGAUCUGGAGGAGAAGGAGAAUGAGCUGUCCGGAGCUGUGCGCCGCGCCGAAUCGCAACAUAAUCAAAAUGUCGAAUCGUUAGGGAGAAGGCUCGAGCAGGCCAUUGACCGCUUCCAGAAGCUGGACAGCUCGCUGAAUGGCAACGACGACGGUGGACCGGACUCUGGCGGCAAUAUUGCAAUGCGCAUCGGAGAGUCGCUGGAAGAGCUGGAUCGCCAACGAAAACGAGCCCUGGACGCAAAGUUCUUGAUUGAAUGCUGGCAAGAAGUCAGUGAGCGCGGCGAACUCAACAUCCUCGAAGACCACCGGAGAAGCGGCGACAUUGUACGUUGCGCAGAGAUUGCGCGCCAAUUGCUUCGUAUCAGCACUCGUCUGGACCCCGAAGGCGGUCAACAGACGAAUGGCGACUUGCGCAACGGCACGAAAAGAAAGACCCUAGGGCCCAGACACAAUACCAAAGAAGUCAUUGAAAAGUUCCUCGAGAACCUGGAGCAGGACUUGCUGAGCAAAUUCGACGAGUGUUAUCGACGCCCGAAUUACAGCGGCAUGCGCGAUUGCGCUAUUGCACUGAGAGGCUUCAAUGAGGGUUCAAGUGUUAUUGCGACAUAUGUCAACCAGCACACUUUCUUCAUCGAGCGCACGCAGUCGAUGGCCGAGGAGCUAUCCAUGGAUGCCGAGACGUGGGAUCGACUGCAGGAUCCUGAUGCUGAGCCCCCGGGUGUUGAGCCGACGCUUCAGUCGCUGGUGGAUGAAGUCAAGAUCGCUGUGCAGGAUGAGUCUGCUACCAUCAAGCGCGCUUUCCCGUACUACGAAGAGGUCUUGAUCAGGUUUCUGGAGCGCAUAUUCCAGCAAUCUAUACAACAACGACUGGAGAUGGUGCUCGACAAAGCGAGCGAAUUGUCGUCGCUAGCCUUCUUGCGCUCAUUACAAGCAUCGAGAAGCUACAUCACACAGCUAGUGGAUGACCUCAAGUCGCAUGGUCUGACUGAACACCCCGAGCCCGUCACAUCACAAGUCGCAGCUACACUAGACCAACAGCUUGACGAGCUCUUCUCAUCGUACUUCAUCGGCGAAAAGUACAUUGAGCGAGAGAAGAAGAACCUGGAAGAGUUGUACUCGUCGCUUCUACUCAAGUUCACAAUCUACCACUCGCGGCGGCGGAAGAUGCCUAGUGGGUACUUUAGUGCGCUUGCACAAAAAGGAAAAGAGCUGGCUGCGUCGGCGCGUGAUGCAUACAUGGAGCGACUCGAGAGCACAGAGUUGCCGGCUAGUCAGAAGAAGACGCUGCUGAGAAUUGCUGGUCUCAAGGAAGAUCAGCAGGAGAAGAAGGAGAUUGAUGUCACAGAUGAGGAUGGAAAACUGUCUUUGGCAACGGCUAAGCGUAUGCUGAAGUGGUUGGCAGAGGGUGUUGGUCGUGGCUUGGAGUUGUCGCCUGGCAAUGAGACGCCCAAGGAUGUGCAGAACUUACUGAACCUGCUUCUGCAGCAGAUGGGCGAGAUUUAUCUCGAGACUGCGUUGGAUGCUGCCAACGACCACGCCGCCUCCCAAGAAAACCUCAAAACCCCCCCAGACCUCACGCACCUCCCCUCUCUCCACGCAAUAACCACAAUCCUACACCUGCUCCAACAAACCACCACCACAAUCCUCCUCCCCCUCUGCACGCCCAACCUCACCAUCCGUCGCGAAAUCGAAAAGUCCACAAACACAACCAUGUCCACGCUCGAAUCCAAGCUCUCCAACAUCCUCAACCUGACCCUCACAGCCGCCCUGAACUGGGUCUCCAAAUGCCUCUCACAACAGAAAAAGACGGAUUUCCGCCCCAAAGACGACGACCUCAUGGUAACCUCCGAAACCCAAGCAUGCCGCGAAGUCUCUGCCUUUCUCACACGCGUCGCCACACAAGCAUCGUCCGCGCUCUCCGGCCGCAACCUCUCCCUCUUCCUCUCCGAGCUCGCCCGCGGUCUGCGCAGCCUCGUGCUCGCACACCUGCUGCGCUACACCAUCAGCCAAGUCGGCGGCCUGAUUGUCAGCAAGGACAUGAAUCGCUACGUCGAGCUGGUGCGCGGGUGGCCGACGGGCGAGGAGCUGGAGCAUGGGAGUAUCCAGGUGCUGACGGAUGUUAGUACGUUGUUUAUUAUUGGGCCUGAGGCGUUGAGGGAUAGGCUUAGGGGUGCGGGCGCGGACAUUGGGGAGUUGAAGGGGUUUAUUAGGUGUAGGGAGGAUGUGGGGAGUGUGGGGGUGCAGAGUGUGUUGAGUGCGCUGUAG